AUGGAUUUUGAGGGGAAGAGGAGGAGGCAAGAGAGUUUCUGGACAGUGUGUCCGUACUGUUACUACAUGUAUGAGUACGAGGGUUUGUACGAGGAUUGUUGUUUGAGGUGUCAAAAUCAAAACUGCAAUAGGGCUUUUCAUGGGGUUUCCAUGCCUCAACCCUCCGCCGACAUGUUGGUCCAAGGAAAAGACCAGUACUACUUUUUCUCUCCUACCACCAUGCAUAUGGGAAUGGGGCCCAACCCUACUACCAAAGAAGACGAUCAUCAGGCUGCUACUCAUGUUCAUAAUGCUGUGGUGGAAAUUUCCUCUGAUGAUGAUGAUGAUGAUGCUAGUUUUAGUACCGUGGAAGAAGAGAAGGGAAAGAAGAACAAAAAUGGGGACAAGGAUAUUAUUGAUGAUGAUGCUUUUGGGAGGAGGAAAACCAAGUGGUGCAACUGGUAUCAAUAUUGGGAGGAGGACCAUGAGGAUGGUUCUUCUUCUUCUUCUUCUUCUUCAUCUUCAGAUGGCUUGGAGUUUCUUUCUGAUGGGGAUGAUCAAGGAAUAACUUCAACAGAAGGCAAACUUGUCAUGGCCUUGCAACAGAUAUAUGACAUGCAACAUCUUUCAAGUUAUAAUACUACAGAAACAUGUUCAAAUCAAGAUGAUUUUCGGCAAGCAUUACUAAACUCCAUCAAUGAAACAGCAUAUAACAAGUCACUGGCCAAACCAUUAAUAUCAGAGGACGACUCUAAACUAAUCGCUGCCAAGAAACACAGCAUGGCUGAGAGUAAUCGCCGGAGUCGAAUCAAUAGCCAGUUUGCUGCCCUUCGCACCAUUCUCCCCAACUUGAUAAAAGUGAACAAAGCAUCAGUGCUUGAAGAGACAAUCCGGUGUGUGAAAGAGCUGACAAAUACAGUGUCGGAACUGAAAUCAAGAUAUGGUGGUGGUAGAUUGGAAUGUGUAUUUCCUGGUGGGGCAGACAAGUUAAGAAUUGAUUCCUGUGAGGGGAGAGGCCAGGAGGUCGUGAAAGUAGCAUUCAGCUGUGAUGAUAAAAGGAAACUAAUGUCUGAUGUUGCAAGGGCAGUGAGGUCAGUGAAAGGGAAGGUAGUGAGGGCAGAGAUGGUGACGAUGGGCGGAAGGACCGAGUGUGUUUUGUGGGUACAAGGAAUAAAUGGCAAUGAUGAGUUAAAGAUGCUAAGGAGGGUUCUAAAUGCUGCCACUGAGAAGUCAAAUAUGUGGAGGACAUGUAACAGGGCAAAGCUUACUAUGUGA